AUGUGGUUGAAAUUAAGCAACGCUCUGAAACCAACCAAGGACGCCGACCAAGAUCAACCAACAGACGUUCUGUCAAGAGUCUAUGAGCAACAUCCAAAUUUAUCCGUAUUUCACGAGACUACCAAGAAGCUCAGUCUACCCAAGAAAGUCAGGUCACAUCUUCACUUAAGAUCAGAUAGUUCACAAGUGUCUCUUACUCGAGGUUCAUCUGACACAGUUCGAGAUUCAUCUCGACCCUCACUCGAAGGCAGCGUCAGGUCAAUUCUCCGUGAUCCAAAGACACCAGGAACUGGCCAAAACGUCCGUUUCUUCUCUCGAGGUGCCCACAAAGCCAUCAGCCCAGAUGCUUCAGCUUCCACCUCCGAGCCAUCUCCAAUCUCAUUCGCAGAUCGUCUAGCACGAGUCGCUCGUCCUUCUGCAAUGGACGUAUUCGGAGAAGCAGACUCUUCAAAUUUAUUCAACUUGAGUCCUGGAAUUGAAAUACCACAAGGGUUCAAAACACCGAUGCUAGAUACGGCCAUCGAAAUCCCAGAAGGCCCCCCUCUAGAAACUUCAACUCCCUUCAGAGGCCUCCCAGAAAUUCCCGCAGACCCUUCCUUCGCCUUGUCUCCCACAAGCUCUACAUUUUCAGGCGACAUAAGCAUCCCACCCACUUCCCCUCCACCACGAACCCGUCGCUCCCGCGCACUCAGCGACACAGUAUUCCAAAUAAUGCUCAGAAAACACGCACCAGAAGCUGACAUCAAUGACACUUCAAACGCUUCACUCGUACUCGUUUCGGAGCCACCAGACCCAUUCCGCGCAAAUGCAACGACCUACUACACACCAGGAACAAUGAUUCCUCCUACCCCUCCACAACCAACACACUCCCGCACAGCUUCCAAAGAGGAAGACAUUAUCUGGAACCUACGUACCCAACUAGCGCUCUCACAGGAACUCUGUGCGCAGUACGAGAUCGACCUCGGGGCUAGAGAUGAACUUGUUCAAGCUCUUACCCAACGCACAGAAGUCGCCGAAAAGGAAAAAGAAAAGAGCAGAAACGUCUUGCGUAAUUGGAAGAAGAAAGCAGGUGAGCUCGAGCGCAUGUGUCGUACCCUCGAAGAAGAAGUCGACACUUCCCGACAAGAAAAUCUCGAGCGCAGCGUCAUGGACGAGGCGAGCGGUGAAGCCCUUCGCAUGCUCCAUCGCCAAAUAUCACAGCUCGAACGCGAAAAGGAAGCAUUGCAAGACCAUGCGGAUACAGCUCACUUGCGCGAACAGCUCCAUGAAAAGGAAGCGGAGCUGAACAAACUGCAUGAGGAGUUGAAGGGUCGAGAUGACGCGGAACGUGUCUUGCGCGAAGGGAUUCAGGAAGCCAGAGAACAGAUGGAUUACCUCACAACUAAUUCUGUGCGGUCUUCGAUGGCGGAGGAAGCUCUCAUCGUAGCAAGCAGGGAGGAACGAGAGAGGCAUCAGGUCAUUGAACUGGCAUGGGCAGAAGAACGAAUGCGAAUGGUCAAUGCUCACGAGGCUCUCCAGACGGACAAGAACGCCCUCGCUGAUGCUGUUCAGCGUAUUUCUUCAGAGUUGGAGCGUAUCAACUCAGAACACGCCACCGCCAUCGAAAUUGCGCACGGGGACCUCGACGCAGCCCACCGAGAAUCUGCAGAACUCCACGACAACAUUGAAGACCUCCAGAACGACAACGAAGUUCUCAAAUCCGACCUUGAAUCUCUCGAAACCAAGUUCCUGAACAUGGAAGAAGAAUGGAGUGAAGGCGAGAACCAGCGCAUCGAACUCGAAUCAGAACUCCAGCGAACCACUGAAGAGCACGAAUCCCACAUUACAUCCCUAACCGCCGAACUCGCCUUUGCGAACGAAAAUGUCUCCCGCCUCGAAUCCAACAUCAAAGAACGCGACGCCUCCAUCUCAACCCUGACCACCACCCUCCUCACACACAGAGAUGAAGCUGAAUCCCUUCGGGAAGAACUAGCCACUCUCAAAGUUGAGCAUUCACGCGCUUUCUCCUCCCAAACCCGUACUUUCCAAGAUCUCCAAACCCAAGAAAAAGACCUGCGCAUGCAGCUUGAAGUCGCAGUACGGGAAAAGGCAGAGAGCGAUAUUAUGUUGAGCAUGAGUAAAGAGCGCGUGGGGUCGUUAAUGGAUGAAGUUGCAAAGCUAAGGAGAACAGUGCACGAGAUGCAGCAGACGAGUGCUGCGCGUGAAGUGACUAUCGUGCAGUUGCGCAAGGAACGAGAGAGAGAUCGGGAGGAUGUCAACGGGCUUAAUAUCGCUUUGGAUUCGAAACAACAAGAACUUGAACUCAUCAAGAGAAAGAUUUCGCUGAAGAGUGUUGCGGCAUCAAAUACCCCAGUCCCAAGCAGGGCUAUAAGGCGUGAAUCGAUGAUUGGAACCCCUUCUUCAUCCCGACCUCCCUCGUCUAUGUCAGACGCAUCGAAAGACGGGAAAUCGGAAACGCCUUCUACAUCUUUAGCGCCUCGCGCGAGCCUGAGCAGUCUCAGUCGCAACGUGCGUAUCAAUGCCACCGCCAACCCCCCUGGCAAAAUGGGGCCUCCAGCUCUUAAAUCCCGUUCAUCACUUGCUACAACUACACCCCCCACCCGAACAUCCCUAGCUUCAUCUACAUCCCACGCACCUUCGUCCCUCGGCAAAUCAAACACGACUCCAAGACCCAGUGGUCUUGGGAUGGGUGCGACGCGGCGGGUGUCGACGAGCUCUGUAGAGAGUAAUUUGAAGACGCCUGUUGCCUCUGGUACGAGGAGGGUCAGUGUUAGUUCGAGCGUGCCGAGUGAGGUUGAUGAGAAGGAGAAUGUGAUGGUGGCUGUGAACGCUAGAGGGGUGAAGGCAACGAGAAGGGUUGUGCCUGCUUAG